GCUGGGUCCUCCUCUGGACCGAAGAGAAACAGACUUCGUCCGGUCUAAGAUGUCUUCGAGGUCGGUUCUUCCAAGGUUCAUCGUCUAGUCUCAAAUAUCCUGGUCCAGGUCCUCGAGGAAAUUUCAGAGAUGCAUCGGUCGAGUGUCCUGCUCUUCCUGCUGCACCACUGCAUGCUGCGGUCCAGCUCGGAGUCCAGGACGGACGUCUGCGGGGGACGCUUGACCGGUCCCAGGGGGGUCAUCUCCACCCCCAACUUCCCUGGGGUCUUCCAGGUGCCCAUCAGGUGCCAGUGGAUCAUCGACGCGUCCGAAUGGCCCUCUCGAAAGAGCGCCAUAGUGGUGUACCUCACCCAGAUGUACAGCCACAAGGGCCUCACCUUCACCGAGUACGCCUACUACGAGUCCGACAGCAUGAAAAUUGGUGGGACCAUGAUCCAACGCAUCACCGAGGGCAACGUCUUCGAGUUCCGCUGGAUCCGCACCUUCAGUCCGUACCUGGUCAUCGACUUCGUCCUGGACAGACUCGAAGGAAACCACGUCAGGGUGCUGCACGACCUCCUCGACGUCUACGGCUUCAACGUCACCUACGAGAUGACCGAGCAAGAGGUCAACGCGAAGUCCUGCUCCCUGAAGGAGUGCUCCUACACCGGGAACUGCGUCGUCGACGAGGACUUCGACACCUUCCGCUGCGACUGCUUCGACGGUUUCUCCGGUGACGACUGCUCCGACGGACCUCUCUGCUUGGACGACCGGGGUGAUCCGGUCUGCCGGAACCAGGCGACUUGCAAGCACGUGGGUGCCGAGACCAUUCGCUGCCUUUGCCCUCCGGGGUAUAGCGGACGCUUCUGCGAAGUUCGGCUUUCGCUGACCCUGGACCAAGAAUGCGGAGGCAAGAACUGCGUGACGCAGUGCCCGGCAGCGGACCCGAUCACUCCACCCUGCGACUGCAAGAACGGGACCAAGAUUUACAACAAUCGGUCGAGGUACGAGUGCAGAAUUAAAUUGUCCAACGCCACCUCUCUGAGGACGUCGCUCCACCCUCAGGGCAGCUUGGAGUCUCUCCUGGCCAGGCAGCUCGCUAAAUACCUGCGGCACUCCAACAUCUCGUCCACCGAGGACCUGAAGAUCCUGAGCGUGACGCCGACCUCGGAAGUGACUUUCCACUUUUUCGGGAACGCCAACGACGGGGACAAAAUUCGAGAGUCCUUCAAUCGUCUGGUGCAACGGCGACGCUUGGGGGACGUUGCGCUCGAGUCGACGCACUUCACUUUCCAGCAGAAGCCGGCGUUAAAGCUGGAGAAACUGCGCAUCAACCAGGUGAACGAACGGGAGGUGCGUCUGGGCGACCAGUUCGUCCUCUCCUGCGUGGCGCAGGGGAGUUACGGGCUGAACUUCACCUGGUACAAGGACGACAUGUUGGUCAACACGAGCAAGGCCACCAGGGGCAUCUGGUGCAGACACCUUCCCAACGACGGGUCCGACCAGCACACGUCUCUCUUGACGAUAGACAAGGCGACACUCCUGGACGCUGGUCGCUACACCUGCCAGGCCAUCGACUGGGGCAUACAGCAGUGCAAGAGUGUCUUCAUCGAGGUCAGGGACGAGCCGGAAGUUGUGGUGACUCCGAUGGGCGCUACCAUAGAGAAGGGCGGCGACAUUCAGUUCACGUGCAUGACCCCCAACAUGCCCAGCUUGGACAUCGGUUUCGGGUGGAGCAGGAACCGAGCUCUUCUCAAGCUGGAGCCUGGCAGCCUCGUUUGGGAGGAUCUGUAUCCUGCGGGAAGUGUGCUGAAAGUGAUCAACGCCCAAAAAUCGGCGGUCUACACCUGCAACGUCGCGCACAGGUCCAUGGCCGUCAGGGUGGAGGUGGUGAACAGAACCAUCAUCCCUCUCUGCAUCUCCGAAUUGUCCUGGGGGUUGAGGUGGCCGGAAACCGCGCCUGGAUCCGACGCUCUCUUGGAGUGUCCUCGACACUUCCUGGGCCGCAGGGUGACGCGCCUUUGCGCCAUGAAGGACGCCACCACUCCCGAAUGGCAGCUUCCCGACUUCUCGGGAUGUCUCUACGAGUCCUUGGCGACUCCCUACGAUAACUUCCGAAGCCUGACGCUGGGCUACCAGAACACGACAGGCUCGGCCACGGUCCUUCUCUUCUGGGAGAUCCUGCGCCUCCGUCGAAUCCCUUUGUACCCUGGCGAAGCGGAUCGCAUCUUGGGCAUCUUGGCCGAGAUCGAGCACUACCAGUACAACGUCGACGACCUCGACGGCCUCCAGGACUCCGCUGAAGCUCUCCUGCAGAUCGUCAACCUCGUCCUCCUAAACGAGAACUCGAUCUUGAGUCAGCAGAAGUUGCUGGUGCUGCAGCAGCUCGUCCAACGGAAUCUGAUGUACUGGACCAGAGCCGCCCAGCAUCCCCGGAAGCACGUGUCCUUGGCGACCCUGGUGGCCGACGUCCAACCUCUUCGGGAACGCAGCGGCGAGCAGACCACGCACACUCUUCAGAUACCAAACAACGAUUAUGCAUAUCCUAGUUGGUACGGCGACAGGGUGACGCUCCGUCUGCAGAGGCAGUCUCCGUCAAGGACCGAGAACGAGACCCAUUCCGGAGUCGUCGUGGUCUACAAGAACAUCACGCGCUUCAUCCGCAACGCCUUCAUCAAGGAGCUAAAUGACGGUACCGAUCUCGAGUACCGCAUGAACUCUCGGGUGGUCACCGUUGCAUCGUCUUCCUGGCAGCCCUCCAAGAACGACAGGAUCAGGGUGGACCUCCAGCUGCAUCACCUGCAGAACCACACAGGCUCCUGGAACAUAUCCUGCGGAGUGACGGAUCUAUCCGGAGCCUGGGACCUGAACACUUGCAUCUCCGACACCGUCCCCGAAGAAGGACUCACCCGAUGCACGUGUCCUUGCACAGGGACCUUCGCAGUCUUCCUCACAGCUCGGGCCAUCAGGGUGGUCCUGGCCAAAAAGGAGCGCGCGACCUUCCUGGUGAUCCUCGGCUGUGGAAGCUGUCUCCUCCAGUGUCUGGUCACCUUGCUCAUCAUCGCCACCUACUGGUGGAAGCACCGUACGUGGCUAAACUUCCUGAAAUUGCAGUGCUGUGGUGCCCUGGCAGGCUCCAUGGCAGUCUUCGUCUACGCCGUGCACUCGGACCUCCCCGAGAGUUCCUUCUCGGUGGUCGCCACGAGCCUGGAAGCUCUGCUCCUGGUAGGGAUGUCGGCUCCCAUCUCUCAGGCCCUCGUCAUCUAUGCGGAGCUCGCUCAAAUCCGUCCCAGCCAACACCUGCAGCCCACCAUCAUCGCCGUCAUCACCGGUGUCCCGGUCCUGGCGAUCCUGGCGACCGAGCUGACCCACAAGACCACCGGCUGGCACCACGAGUCCUGGUGGCUGAUAUACGGGAGUGGCGUCUACAACAUCUUCGUCAGCUGCGCGACGACGAUGCUGCUGAUCUUCGCGCUGCUGUACAUCGGAGUGCUGCGGAAAUCCCGAGCCCUGAUCAAGGAAAACGUCCUGAAGAGGGAGACCACGGAGUCGAGGGUCUGCAUGCUGCACCGGGCGGUCGUCGUCACGAGCGCCGUCGUCGCGAUGGAGGUGUCCUCCGUCUUCUACGUCAACUCGUCCUCCAUCGUCUUCCACUACGCCUUCGCGUCGUUCUCCUUCCUCCUGGGCCACGUGGUGUUGGCGUCGUAUCUCCUGGGGGGCGAGAUCCUGUUCGCGCUCUCGGCCUGUCGAAGGUUCAAGUGGAAACCCGAGGUGGAGGACGAGGUCGCCACGGAGCCCAUCAAAGUGUGCUCGAAGAGCAGCGCGGAGUCGGAGAACGAGGCUGCUCCCCCGAUGGACGAGUCGUAUCUGAAGGUGCGAGGAGUGGCGGCAGGGAGCAUAGACAUGAGGGAGUACAUCACGGAAUCCCCGUCGAGCCUCUACCUGCCCUCCAAAUCCUCGGUGCUGGGGGGUCCGGGUCGGUUCCUGCCGGAGAUCAGGCUGGACCACGUGGAGGACAUCAAUCUCGAGAGCUACAGCACGAGUCCUCGGAAGUACCACGACGCGAUGUCCUUCGAAGGCGGAAAUCGCGCCUCGCACUGUCCCGUCGCCGAGCCCUAUGGGUCCUGUGGGUUUCGUAGGUUCCCGAAGUUCUCCAUCCUGCCCAGCCUGGAUCCCCCGGCCCAGGCUCCGGUGGUCCAGACCGUCUCCCAGGAGUGUCCCCCGAAGGUGCUCUGCAGCGCCGAGGUCGAGUCACGGCUGGGUGUCGGGCUGCUGCCCGACGUCACCAAGACCGAGGUCGAGGUCUCCCUGACCAAGGAGACCAAGUCCGGGGAGAUCGUAAAGGCCAUCCCCGACAUCGCGAGCACCACCGAGAGGAAGCAGCCGGACGGCGAGGAGAUGGCCCCCGAGAUCACGGUGACCGACUGCGAGACCACGGUCACCGGGAUGCUGGACCGCAUCUACCACGACCUCGACUACUUGUUAAAUCGCACGCACGCCGCCAAGGACGAGACGUAGAAACUGCCCACGGACGUGGAGCAAGGACCUAGAACCGCUCUCUUCAGGGCGCGGACCCGAAGAGGCUCCGUUCCAAGUCCACCGACGACUCGUCCACCGCUCGCGACGAGACGCUUCUUCGUCAAUUACGAGUCGAAUCUCCCUGCGUAACGAUGCCCAACACGAAUUUUUUAUACGUAAACGAGGUCUACCGACGGACCCCCGAAGAACCUCCCAGUGAACGGAUUCGCACGAAUUACGGUAUUUAUUUAUAUAUAACUGUCGUAUCGUACAGCCCUUCUCAUAAUGUCUCCACGAUUCGGUCGCCGCUCUUCCGUUCUCCUGACAUAAUUGUCUCGAUAAUUAUAAAGCUAUACAUUGAAUUUAAAUGUCGUAACCUACUUACAAUGCUUAGGGUCGAAGGUUUACGUGUUGGUUGGUAAUAAUUAUCGCUAAGAUACGGUUAGUCGUUCGCUUAGUCGGAAAUGCACGUCGAUGGGUCUCGACUCGGUCGCGGAGAGGAUACGAAAAACGGGAGCCGAUACUCUCCCUCGGCCAAGCGGGGUGAGAGGUUGUAAAUGCAAAAGAGACGCAACAAGGUCGGCGCAAGUUAGUCGGCACUCGAAUAUACCUAUGUAUGACUAGUUCUCUGCGCUCGGCAGAUGCCUCGUCGUCCUCCCCGUUCCUUUCUUCCCGGCCUCUUAAAAAUAGAAAUUAUUUACAAGGAUUCCACGGGUAACGUCACUCGUCUCCUCGUCCCCUCCGCCUAGUGACAGACACCUCGGCGAUGUCGGAGUGCGACGAGGGCAACGAGUGCAGCGAAUGCACUUCUCCGGACGCGAAGUCCAUCGCCUCUCCAUGCCAAAAAACACCGGCUCGAAGAGUUAGAAAAUUUCCCCGGAAGCCCGGACUCCUCUUCGAGUAUCCAAACAACCCAGGGUGAGCUUCCACGGAAACCUCCGAACUCUUCCGGGAGAAUUUUUCUCAUCAAUCCUCAGGAACGCCACCCGGUGGUCGAAAAAAUGGGGCGAGCGCAGAAUCAAACGGCAAAGGGUUUCAUCGAUCGUUCGGUCGCGACCGAGGUCCUUUGUAAGCUAGGGAAUUUCCCCAGAACCUGGGGACUCGCCUCAUUUUUCCUGCCACCCUGGCAAGUGCCCAGAGACAUUGCAUCGAUCAAGGACACUCCCAGGUGUCCCGGCGACUCGCGCGACCGCUCGUCGGACCAACAGCAAGGUGAGAAGACCGAAAGCCGACGCCGCGUCUCGCCGUUGCGUUCUCUAUGACAACCGAAAUUUUAUUAAUAUAAUGUAUAUAACUGUAUAUCACAAGCUUGUAUACCUUAACGUCAGAAACGAACGACGGUGUGGUGAGA